AGCGGAGACUUUACAGGAAGCUUUAAACGUACCACCUCAUUACGAGAGCACUGGGUGGAAAAGAUGCAGACCAUAAAGUGUGUGGUGGUGGGUGACGGCGCGGUGGGGAAGACCUGCCUGCUCAUCUCCUACACAACUAACAAGUUUCCCUCUGAGUAUGUUCCUACUGUGUUUGACAACUAUGCAGUGACGGUGAUGAUCGGCGGGGAGCCGUACACCCUCGGACUCUUUGACACCGCAGGUCAGGAGGACUACGACAGACUGAGACCUCUGAGCUACCCUCAGACUGACGUCUUCCUCGUCUGUUUCUCCGUCGUAUCGCCGUCCUCCUUUGAAAACGUCAGAGAGAAGUGGGUGCCAGAGAUUUCACACCACUGCCCCAGGACGCCCUUCCUGCUGGUCGGGACGCAGGUGGAUCUGAGAGACGACAACAACACCAUGGACAAGCUAGCCAAGAACAAACAGCGACCUCUGACCUUCGAGAGCGGAGAGAAACUGGCCCGCGAGCUCAGAGCCGUUAAAUACGUGGAGUGCUCGGCUCUGACACAGCGAGGACUGAAGAACGUGUUCGACGAGGCCAUCCUGGCAGCUCUGGAGCCUCCAGACAUCAAACCCAAGAAGCGCUGCUUCCUCCUAUAGACACGCCCGAGGAAGAGGAAGAGGAGGAGGACGGGGAAGAGCUCAUCCUGUCCGGGAACAGAGGGAGGGUGGCGUAGACGUGUUGAAACAGUGCCUUCAGCCGUUGUGAGCCAACCGUGCUGGAACAUUUAACUUCCUGAUAGAAACGUGUCCUUUAACAUGACUAACAUACAUGAACUACACUCCUCACUAACAAGGACUCCCCGCUUUCCCACUGGGACGAACAAUAAACACUUGAGCCUCCGAUUUCUUGAAGAUGCAACAAACGAAGUCACGUUUACACCGAAACUGCAAACAGCCUCCACGUUCGGAGGAAUAAUUUAGAAAAGAAACGAGGCGCCGUUUUACAAAUGUUUAAAACUCCUCCCUCUUUAUUAAAUACCAGCUUUUACUAAACUAAACAAGAAGCCAAAACUAUUUUUUUUUUCUGUAUAUUAUUUUUUUUGUUUUGUUUUAUCUUUAGGACUUCACAGGAAAAUAUAUUGUAAUAAAUUUUAUAAGUACCAAAAGAAAGUUUUAAGUAAUGCAAUUAUUACUUUAUAUGCACCUCCAAUGAUUCUUGGAAACUAAACUGUAAUUUAAAGUGCAGCCGACAUCGUAUAAUCCUCGUAAAUCCAACAGAUUGGGGUGAAAAAAUCACUUUUUAACCAUAAAAUGUGUUUAAACGUUUCCAGUAAAAAUAAAUCUGUGCUAAUUAUCUAAUUGUGACAAAUCACACGUGGGACAGCAAAGUUCCCUUGAGCUGAUUAGACAAUCAGAUUUAAAUUAAUCAGACUGAUAAAUAAUUACCGUAUUUUUCAGACUAAGGCGCAUUAAGUGAAACGAAAACAUUUUGUGCUCCGUGUAAUAUAAAUAUAAUAAUACAUCAAAUCUGUUUGAGGUCAGUAAGCACAGAUUUAAUACAGAAGGCGCACUGUUGUUGUUUGAGAAAAUUAAAGGAUUUUAAGUGUUUUAUAGUUGGAAAAAUACGGUAAUCUGCUUUAAUUUAUGUGGGAAAAAGUGUCGGGUGAGUCAAAACAGAAACCAAGCUUUUCUAUCGUCACUUUAAAAUCAUCUUUCUGUCCAAACGUGCGCUAAUUAUUGUGCUCGCAUUUUAAAUUUGCACAAUCCGGGAACCGUAAGAGGCGAAACUUAUCGAUGUCCUCGGAAAGCGCUGCUUCCAGUGACGGACGUGGAGUUUUCAGGAGGAAGAGAGAAAAAUAAUCCCGAUCGUUAAAAGGUGUAGAAGAUGGCGGUCGAGCCGUAAAGUCUUCUGACGUUUCACAAAUCAUUCAGUUCAGUCGAAAACGUCCAUGUUGCUCUGGAAAUGCCUUAAACUCGGUCUGAUCCUCAAACGUUACAAUUCGUUAGUUUUAUGAAGCGAACCCAGAAUGUUCUGAGAAGGGAAUAAUCAGAUUCUUGCGAUUCUUUGGCCAAAGGUCGAAUAAAUCCAUGUUUUUAGACAAACAAGCCCAGAAGCUCCUUGUGUCCCGAGUUAUCUCUGAAAAUCUGUUGGUUUGUUGCCGUCAGCGUCUUUUACGACAAAAGUUCAUUCCGAGGAAUAAAAGUCAACGAUUGUGAACAAAAUGGAGACUGAAGCAUUAAAUGUCGUCGGAGCUUCGUGACUUUGUGCCCGUUUUGACUUUAAUAACUUUAAAAAAACUGUUUUUACUCGACUUUAUUUCCCUUUGAAAUGGUUUGAGAUUAAUUUUUCCUCCAUAAUCUGUUCCUGUUUAUUCAGAUGAUUACGAGUGUUAUACCGAGUUUGGCUUUUAGUUUCUUGGGGAACAAUCUUCUUGCAGGUUUGUAGCCACUUUGACUUUAUUUUAGGUAUUUUGUAUUAUUGUUGCCAACAGAAGAGUCUGGCUGGGUUGGUUUGAUAAAACUAGAAGAUUUUUAUGAUAAGCGUUCAACAAACGAAAGAAUUUGUUUAAAGCAGAUUUUACACGGCAGAAGUUUGUGUUCUGUCUUGAGAUUUGAACGUUUGAAGUGGUGGGGUGUUUUGAAAUAAAUUA